GUGAACAGCUACCUCUCCCGCUGUGCCUUAACGACUAAAUACAUGUCGAAAGGAGCACGUGUGGAUAUGCUUACAAUCCAUGCUAUGGCCUGGAACUACAAAAAAAUCUCAACACUACAUCGGGCAUUGUCUGCAAGAUAUGUGAAGACUCACCAGAGGCUUCAGGAGGAGACUGCAAGUCUAGUGGAGCUUAAAGAAAGCUUGGCUUGCACCGAUGAAGCAGUGUGGGUGUCUGAUGUGAGGGAAUGGGCAGCUCGUGACACAACAGGUACUUCCCUAGAGCAGUCCAUUGAGGGACGUUACCUUAACGUGAGGCAGCGGAAGCAGACUCAAUACUGUCAAAAUGAUAGUGGCAAGUUCUGUCACCGCCUGCGGAGGAAAAUUGCUGAGAGCAAGAGACUUCUACUGAAAGACAUAGAGACCUAUAACAGUCAUGAGCCUGCCAUGACAAUUGACAUUAAUGAAGUGGAGCAGUCACUAUCAGGAGACAAACCGUCCCCAACAUGGCCGUGGGAGGUUCAUGGCAGCGCACAAAUUGAAGACAAGUUAAAAAUUUGUAACAAAGUCAUGCUGAAAAUGAGACUUCAGGAGGAGAGGACAAUACUUGUUCAAGAGAUGGCCCAGCACUGCUCAUGGUUGCAGGCAACUUUUAAAAGAAAAACUUCAGAGGAAGGCAAGUUUCAUCUUUGUGAAAGAGGCGUAUCUUACUAGAAAGCGGUUAAAAAAACAUUAAACUGACCAUCUAAUUUUGAUAAUUUAUAACAAAUAGUACAAAGCAAUUGACCCUUCGCUAAGCCCCGCCCUCCAUAGUUACUGUUGCUACGCCUGUCAAGCUGUCGCGGCUGGCACGUUUAUUACAGUAUGUAUGCACCGACGGUAUCAGACAUUCCCAAGGAGAUAUUUACUAAUUUUUGGCAAACAGGUCAAAUAUCUGACAGAGCCAGACAAAAGGGACUGCAGUAUGCAUUCGAGGGAUAUAUCCACGAAACUAUUUGCAACCGAUUAGAGAAUAAUGUAAUCAAAAUAGAAGCUAAAGCCUAUAGGUCCCAACGUAAGCAGCAGCCGCCUCAUACGCUGACAGUUCAACUGGGAAACGAACAAAUUGAGGAACAGCUAUGUCCGGGUAAGUUAAGUGAAAUUUGAAAAUAAUCUAUUAUAAAUCAAACUUAUUUUACCUGAGCGACAUUAACCUGAACACUUUGCAAUAAUACAAUUUUUUUUGUUUGUUUUUAGCGCGCCUGGCUACUGCUC